CCAGCCUCUCGCCCCAUUGGCUCUUUCCUUCCCCACUAGAUUGAAGCGAUCUUCUUCAAUCUUUUACUAUUUACUCCGUAAUACGGUACAGCCCGUCUUCCCCUUGAGGAAAACAUUUAAAUCCCAGAAAAAAAAGGUUUCUGCUUUAUUUAGUUAAUCCCCUUUUCAUGGCAGACGAAGCUCAAUAAGUAGUGGGUUUUGUCAGUUUUAAUGUCUCAUCUCAGAGCUGAGUUUUUGGAGGGUUAUGGUAGUCUGGGUUUAACUAGGGUUUAAGAGUGUGAUUAAGUGAGAGUAUAUAAACAGUCUUUGCAUAAAGCACUAGUCUUUGGAAAGCUACUUCUCGUUAGGAGUGUGUAUGUAUAAAACACAGAUCCCUAUGGACUGCUUGCCUGGGGUGAUGAUACUCAUCAGCAUUGCUGCCUGAAACUCAUUCUCUUUGUUUAGUUCAAAGGGUCCUUCUUUUUUUAUAGAUAGAGAGAGAGAGAGAGAGAGAGUCUGUGCAUAGAUAGAAUAGAAGGGUUUUUGUUAUUUUCUUGUCUUCUUUUAGAUGAUUGUGUUGAAGGUGAAGAUGAAAAUGGAGUUUCUAUGUAUUUUCCUGUUGGAAUGAUUGAGGUUUCUUGAGGCACAGGAAACACUUAGAAAGGGGAAAAUGAAGUCCAUGAAUGAUCAUAACAGCUGCGGUGGUAAUAAUAAUAAUAAUGCUAAUAACAAUCACUUGUUGGGGUUCUCCCUCUCACCCGCCAUGAAAAUGGAUGCUUACACAGCUGCCACUUCUGCUCCUACAAGCUUCUACCAUUCUCUUUCUCCCCUCCACUCUUCUGGUCUCUGUUAUGCUGUUGGGGAAAUCGGUGCCUUUCAUUCUCCCUUGUCUGCUAUGCCUCUCAAAUCUGAUGGCUCUCUUUGCAUCAUGGAAGCUUUCUCAAGAUCCCAGACUCGUAGUAUGGUUCCAAAUUCUAGUCCUAAGCUGGAGGACUUUCUGGGAGGUGCAACAAUGGGGGAUGGUGAGUAUGGUAGCCAUGAGAGGGAAGCUGGGAUUCUUAGCUUGGACAGCAUAUAUUAUACCCAGCAGGAUGUUGAAGAAGAAGCUGCAAGGCAGAGGUGUUUGGGGUUGGGGUUCCAUCAAGACCCACAAAAUCACCAUUCUUACUACUCUAACCUGCAAAUAGCUCAAAUGCCAGGAAAUGAUGAGCUCAAAAACUGGGCUUCUGUUCAACUCUUUGGACAACAAGCACCUGAACAACAACAGAUAGGCACCACCACCACUGCCCUGGUGGGUGAUGGUGGUGGGGGUAAUGACUUGCAGCCUUUGAGUCUUUCCAUGAGUCCUGGCUCUCAGUCCAGCUGUGUUACUGCUGCUAGGCAAAUUUCUCCCACUGAUUUGGAAUGUGUAGCCAUGGACUGCAAGAAAAGGGCCUCUGGGAAACUGGCAACAACAAAACAACCCAUCCACAGAAAAUCCAUAGACACCUUUGGUCAAAGAACCUCUCAGUAUAGAGGUGUAACAAGACAUAGGUGGACAGGCAGGUAUGAGGCCCAUCUUUGGGAUAACAGUUGCAAGAAGGAAGGGCAGACUAGGAAAGGGAGGCAAGUGUACUUGGGAGGUUAUGACAUGGAAGAGAAAGCUGCAAGGGCAUAUGACCUUGCUGCUCUCAAGUAUUGGGGACCUUCAACCCACAUUAACUUUCCACUGGAAAAUUACCAGAAAGAGCUCGAAGAAAUGAAGAACAUGACACGCCAGGAACAUGUUGCCCAUCUGAGAAGGAAAAGUAGUGGAUUCUCUAGGGGUGCUUCGAUAUAUCGAGGAGUGACAAGGCACCAUCAACAUGGACGGUGGCAGGCGCGAAUAGGCAGAGUUGCAGGAAACAAGGACCUUUAUCUCGGGACCUUCAGCACCCAAGAAGAAGCUGCAGAAGCUUAUGACAUUGCUGCAAUCAAAUUCCGUGGCAUUAGUGCUGUCACAAACUUUGACAUUUCCAGAUAUGACGUGGACAAAAUCUUGGCGAGCAAUUCUCCGGCGGCCGGAGAAUUAUGCCGGCGAAACAAAGAAGCCGCCGUGGAGUAUAAUGACAUGGUUGGUCAUCAGGAAAAUAACAGUAGUACUACUGGGACUGUUUCGGACUGGAAAAUGGCAUUGUAUCAGGCGCCGCCGCAGCAGCAAGAAGAACAGAAUGCAUGUUUUGAAUCAAAUCAGCAAAAACCCAUCUUCUCAAUGGCGGUGCAGAAUCUGAUAGGGAUGGAUUCAUCAAUAAUCCCCUCGGUUGAGACCCAUUUCUCCAACCCAUCCUCCCUCGUCAGCAGCCUGAGCAACUCCAGAGAAGCCAGCCCGGAAUCAAUGGCGUUCGGCGGCGCAAAGCCGACACUGGAAACCAAAUUCUUGAUUCCCACGACAAACAACGUACGACGGUCGCCUAUGGAUAUCCCACUGUCCAUGGCUCACCUUCCACUGUUCGCCGCCUGGAAUGACAACUCUUAAAACUUCCCAUACUUUCUGUUAACACGUGAAAGACUGAAAACGUAGGAAUUUACGUACUACAAUCACGAAAUGAAUUACGACCUAGAUUGUCUGUAACUUAGUUUUGGAUUCUGGGGUAUACUGCCAUUUAGAUUCUGCAAUGAAAUGAAAUCAAAUAUUUUCUG